AACUACAUGUAGUGCAGGAGCAAUAUACACAACCCAGCACUAGGUGGCGCUGAAGUUUCUCCUAUCUGCUUGACUGCUUCCUCUUUCAGCUGUAGGAAGGAGAGAGGAAAAUGGCUUGCCAGGAGGAUCCUGUGCAGAGGGAGAUCCAUCAGGACUGGGCGAAUCGAGAGUACAUCGAGGUGAUCACUAGCAGCAUCAAGAAAAUAGCUGACUUCCUCAACUCCUUCGAUAUGUCGUGUCGGUCCAGGUUGGCGACUCUAAAUGAAAAACUGACAGCUUUGGAAAGACGAAUUGAAUACAUAGAAGCAAGGGUCACUAAAGGUGAAACGCUCACAUGAAACUACUACAGCUGUUACAACCUUACUUCAAAGUUUUAUAUAAAAUAUGCUGGUUUUCCCUCUAUAUGCCUAUAAACACAACUGCUUCAUUUGAUUGCUACACUGUUUUGCAAUCUUUUUUUUUAAUAUCUAUAUGUAUUUUAGCUUUCGGUUUCAUUGCUAAUUUCUGUCCUGUGAUAUGUAACUGCAUUUUAUUGUAUAAAGAAAGUGGAUGUAAAGUUGUUGCUAGAAUGUUUAAAAAAGUGGAUUAACUCUGUUAUUAAAGCAUUUGGAAUUAUGACAAUAUGGAAUGGUAAUUGUGCCAAUUAUAGUUUUUCACUUUUUUGUAUCUAUCUUUAAAGUGUAUUAAAAAUAAAAUGAAUGCUGACUUUU